AUGAGGAAUGCUCACGAGGACCUCCAAGUUCCUUAUGGGAGAAGGUAUGACAAGACUUGGCUACUGAAUUCUAUCCAGAGCAAUGAAGUGUUCUCUUCACCCCAGUCUAUUUCCACUGUGGAAAAGCAUGCCCAGUUCUUUGUCCAGGAUGCUAGCACUGCCUUUGCAUUGAAGGCUGUCAACUACAAGAUUUGUGAUGAAGAGAAUCAAAAGAUCCCUUCUUUUGUACCCUACGCUGUGCAGAAUAAGUUGAAGCCAGAACAAGUGGAGCAGCUAAAAUUGACCGUGAAUAAACAAUGCGAUGUCUCCCAGCAAGCUCUUGACAUCCAGACCUUCUGCUUUGACCCAGACUUGAUAGACCAUGAUAGUCACAUGAUCCUGAAUCAAAGCAACCACAUGGUUGCCUCACUGAAGAUUAUAGAAGAGAGUUUCCCUGAGCUGUUGUCCUUGAACUUGUACAGCAACAAAUUGUACCAGCUGGGUGGCCUGUCUAACAUUAUAGAAAGCUGUAAUGGAUCCGAGACCCUGAAGAGUCUGGCCUUGCAAUUCCUGCUUCAAAUCAGCUUGGGUGAGUACUCCAAGGGUAGCAGGAAUAUGAAGAAGUUCAAGGAUCCUGUCCUGCGGGUUCAGUUGCUGAAACACACUAAACAUGACGUUGUUGAGUUCCUCAGUGUGUUGUCCAAAACCCAGCAUGACAUCAGCUCCUUUGUGGUGGACAUGUGUGUCCAGACAAAGAAGAUGCUCUGCUUUUCUCUCAAUGAGUUAUUUAAGGAAGUGGAAGGAAUGUGUCAGGCUCAUGUUCGUGCCUUCACCCGGAUCUUCAUCAUUACUCCUGCCAGCAACUCCAGCCUAUGCAUCAUAAAUGAGGUGAAUGACGAGGUAAUUGUGAGGAACGCCCGCCCAAAAGAGACCCAGAGUGUCUCCUCCAACCCAGUUGCCUGCACCUUCCUGGAGCUCUGUGCCCACCCUGUCCCAAAGCAGCAGGAAAUGGUGCAGGCUUUCUCCACCCAGUCUGGGAUGAACCUCGAGUGGUGUCAGAAGUGCCUUGAGGACAGUGAGCAGAACUACACCAGAGCUGGACAGGUCUUCACUAUGUUUAAGGCUGAGGGCAGGAUACCAGAAGAGGCCUUCAAACAAAGUCCCUAA